AUGUGCAAGGUUGGCGAGAAGGUUGGACCGGUUUUAGCUAAGGACGAGGUGUUUAGGAGGAAGUUGAAUGGCAUUGUUUGGAACAAAUCUAUAGAUUCCAAAACUUUUGAGGAUUUAUGGAGUUGUAUUAUAGAGGAAUAUGGUUUGGGUGAUAAUGGACAACAUCUCGAUCAGAGUCUCAAAAUAGUUUUUUUUGGCAGUUUCUCCAAUGGUCAUUCCAGUUUGGUUGAGUUUUUGGUGCAUUUUGAUAGUGCUAUUAGUGCACAACGACAUGCACAAGCAAAAUUGACUGCUGAUUCUGAAUCAUGCUUUCCUGUUUUGAAGACUCCAUUGGCACUGGAGAAACAUGCAAUGGAUGUCUAUACCAUUUCUGUAUUUUAUGAUGUGCAAGUAGAGAUUUGUGAAGGUUGUUUUUCUUGUCGAGUGGUGUCUUUGUGUGAGUGCGAGGGUAAGGUGUGCUAUGGGAUAAAAUAUGGUGAUAAGAAGGCAUGGUCUGUGGAGUUUUUGUUGGCUGACUGUAGUGCUAUAUGUUCAUGCAAGAUGUUUGAGCGGAUAGGGUUGGUGUUUAGGCAUAUGUUUUUUGUGUUUAAAGAUCGUGGACUUGAGAGAAUUCCUUCUAUGUAUUUGGUGUCUCGGUGGACAAAAGGUGCUAGUUUGAAGCCAAUAUUUGAUAUUGAUGAUACGGUUGUUGACCAAUCGGCUAAAGUGGACAAUGUUAGGGUGCUUACUAAUCUAUUGUGGUCUGAAAUUUAUGCUUGCGUGGGAUUGGCUGAUGGUAAUGUAGAACGGUUGGAAAAACUAAGACGUGUUAUUUGUGAGCAAAGGGAGUUUUUUAUCAAAGACGGGCGUGAGGAUAACAAUGGGGUAGCUGGUAGUAGCAAAGAAAGUGUGAUUAAAUCAUUUUGUGGUGAUGUGUCUCAGGGGUCAACAGUGGAGGUGCGUGAUCCAAUUAAAGCUAAGAACAAGGGCGGCGGGAAGCGGAUGAAGAGUGCAAGGGAGAAAGCUGUGAACAAGUGCGUAAAGCAAUCAAGGAAAUGUCAUACUUGUGAUGAAUAUGGCCAUAAUAGUAGGACGUGCCCAUUAAAUGGCUAG